CAAAGUGGAUAUAACUCAGAAAAGACUGAGCGUGGCUGAGGCAGGAUUAGAAUUAGGGCAGUGGCUGGCUGAGCAAAGGGCAAAUUCCCAGAAGCGGUCAGGCCAGAGGGAGAGAGAGGUCUCGGAGAACACAAUAAAAACAGCACCUGGGGGCCAACCGACCCUGCCUGAGCGAGUCAUCUAAGCUCAAGCUGCACAGAGGAAGGAAAAGGAGAGGGUAGUAAAUAAAAUAGUUAAUAAAAAUGACAAAGGAACACAAACCUAUAAAAACAGAUUGCACCACAGUGCCGGGGCUCUCGCCUCUCUGCUUGCCAGAGUGCCCGCACGCUCCUCUUUGCAUGUGUUUUUCAUACAUGUUCUGCCUGCUUACCUAUCUGAACUCUCUCAUAUGGCGUGGCCAAGAACCUAGAAACCCAAAUCCGGCAACAUGGCCACUACCCAUUUGCAGCUGCAGGAGCCAGGCAGGGACACUCUGGGGGUUGGACAGCAGACAGGACGUCGUCGGUCCUUCCUCCAUCUUUGAGGGACAGAGAGAGCCAAAACCAUCCCAGUGGAGUCACCAAAGUUUGUUACUGACUCUCUAUGGUCCGGACCCUCCAAAAAGGGUCUCCUAUCCGGUGCCGCUCACACCAACAGAACGAAACCAGGCUCGGUGAAGCAAAGCAGCACUUUAUUCCUUGGCCAAAGAAGGGAGAAGGGUGGACUCGUGUCCAAAAGGCACCUUCUCCCUGAAGGGAGGGUGAAGCGAAACCUCCUUCAGGCCUGGGUGCAGUCCGGCGAGCCGUCAGGAAGAGCUGGGAGACCCCGCUGCCGGCACCAUGGUCCCAGCGGCCGGCAGGGCCCACCGAGAGAGCAGAAGCUUUCUUGAGGAUGCCAUUGCCUAUCUGCAGGCCACAGUGAGCAGAGAGGAAGUGCAGACCCUGCUGACCAAUGACCAGGCCUGGGAGACAGUUGUGGCUGAGGCUCAACUGUCCAGGGAUGAAGCAGAUGUGCUAUGUGAAAUUCUGAAUGAGCUUAAAGAAGACAAGGCUGUGGGAGGCAAAGACAAGCUCGCCAAAGACCUGCUGGGUAGGUACAGGGUUAGGUUUCUGAAAGAGUUUCCUCAGGUGAAAAUGGAGCUUGAGGAACGUAUUGGAAAGCUUCACGCCCUUGCAGACAAAGUCGACAAGAUACACAAGGACUGCACCAUCUCGCACGUGGUGGCCAACUCUACCAGCACCGUCUCUGGCAUUCUGACCAUCCUUGGCCUGACUCUGGCACCUGUGACAGCAGGGGUUGGUCUGGUCCUCUCAGGUAUUGGGAUAGGGCUGGGGGCGGCGGCCGCUGUCACCAGUGUUUCCACUAGCAUCGUGGAUCAUUCAAGCAGGUUGUCGGCAAAAGCUGAAGCCAGCAGUUUAGCGUCAACCAGCAUUGACAAAGGAGAGGUCAUUGCAAAGGCUCUACGUGCGAAUACAUUCAGAUUGGUUUCUGUCUCCGAAAAUGUCAUCCAAGCUUCGGAAAUCAUUGGGAAGAACAUCCGUGCCAUCAAGCUGGCCAAAGCCGAUCCUCGCUUAAUGGCCAGUGCUACACGUUUCAUGACCACUGGGAGCCUCUCCGUUCGAAGCGGUCUGGAGGUGCAGGAAGCCUUUGGAGGCACCGCUCUGGCAAUGACCAAAGGAGCCCGGGUCAUGGGUGUGGCCGCCACAGGGUUCUUCCUUCUGAUGGAUGUGGUCAGCCUUGUGAGAGAGUCAAAGCAUUUACACGAGGGGGCGAAGGCAGAGGUGGCCGUAGAGCUGCGGCAGGAGGCUCGGAAGCUGCAGGAGAAGUUGGAGGAGCUCACCAGGAUCCAUGCGAGUCUGCAGUAGCCUGACUCAGUGACCCCCAAGGCAGUGCAGGGAGCAGGAGCUAUGUGCUGGGUGAAAGCACAGAGGCAUUUUAUUAAAGGGGAAAACAGGGUGGGAUAAAUUUAUGGAAUCGGGUACUGAGGAGUUUGAUGUUUCUGUGCACAGCAAAGGAGGUGCUGAUGCGGAUGGCAUGGGUCAAAGGCAAGGCAGGCAAAGUGCAGCCUGGAGUAAGGGAGGAGAGGGGUCUAGGGAGUGAGGAGACAGAAAGAAACUAUUCUAAAGAAGACACUGGGAGUAGGAAUGGAAGGGGAGGUGUACAGGAACAAACAAUAAGAAGGCCAGGAAAACUGAGGAGUUGAAAAGGGAGAAAACCACUACUGACCCUCCUCAUGAUUUGAUGUCCCAGCCGUAAUGAAGUCUUCUCCAGGUGGGGUGGUGGCCUCUGGCUCUACCUUUCCAAUGUCCACGCACCCUUGUCUUCCAGUGGGUUUAUCUCAGGCAGCCAGUGAUUUCUUCCUUUUUUAAUGCAUUUUUUUACUGUGAACUUUAACAUAUAUACACAACAGUGAUAACUUUCAAAGUACCCUUUAACAAGUAGAGAGCAAAUUUCAAAGAAUGGGUCACAGUUCCACA